AUGCACUGCUUACGGCACCUCGCCCUCCUCUCCGUCCUCGUCCCCUUCCCGUCGACAUCGCCGUAUCUGCUCCUCCUUGUAGCGAUGGUGGCGUAUAUGGCAGUCAGGCCAUGCGGAUACUGCCUAGCCACGCUUGCUGUCGUCUUCUUCUCCACCUCGCCCUCGUCUCCCUUCCUCGCCGCCCUCGGCCCUGACCCAGAACCCACCCUAGCCCCACCAAACCCCGACCUACAUCUCUCGUCCCCAGUCCCAGACCGCGGAGCCUUCUAUCUCAACGGAGGAAGAAUCUUUGACCCAGUCCUCGAAGGAUAUGCGGCCAUGCAAAAGGUCUGGGUAUCUGAAGUUGCCAAGGAACGCCCAGCCACGCUGCCAGCCACGCUGCCGGCCAAGCCGCUGCCCAAGUGGUAUCAUGACCUGCGUCUUGGCGGUGUUGGCCUGGUGCUCGACUUUGGGUGGCGUCGCACGGAUGAGGGACUGGCGUGGGAGCUGGCUGAGCAGAAGUACGCGGCCGAGGUUGCGCAGUAUCGCCGUGCAGCGCGGGCUGAGCGGCAGGGCGAGAAGAAGGAGCCAAAGGAGGCGAAGGCGAAGGAGGUGAAUGCCAAGGUGGAAUCAGGGAGUGGAAGUGGAAGUGGGAGUAGAUGGAUUCGCUCGCCGUUUGUUGGUGCUUGGUAG